CGUGAACGAGGAAUUUCUCAUACGUGCUGCAAUUCGUCACCUUUAAUUUGCAGUCACUCCUACCAGAACUGUUCCCUCAGGCAGAAGUGCGCACUGUAACCUGCUGUUCAUAUUCGCAGGUCUAUUGAAACAGCAUCUCAGUAGACCAAGGACAGAGCCUUUGAAUCGAGCUGUUUGAAUGCAGCUUUUGUUUUAAAUGUAAUGUUGAAGGUGUGUUAUUCCUUCCAAGGAUGAGACCUGAACAAAAAGUUGUCACAAACGUCAGUUGACUCGUUUGCGUAAAGGGCCGAGUCUGAAUCAUGUAUUGCGCAGAAUCUCUGAUCACUUAGGAUUAAUUUACAGGACAGAGGCGCAUCUCCACCUCACAGGAUGCGAGUCGCGCGCUGAAUGUUAUUGCAUGGUUCUGGGCAGGGGGGUUCCAAACUUGCGUAAAGAGCCUGGUUCUGAACAAGUAGGCUAUUAGUACUUUUCACAAGUAGGUAGGCUAUUUGAUACAAUGUCAGCCUUACGGCGGAAAUUUGGCGAGGACUACCAGGUGGUAAACACCAACCGGGACACGACUUUUUCCGCACCGGCGAAGAGAAAGAGGCAGCGGUUUGUGGAGAAGAACGGUCGCUGCAAUGUCCAGCACGGUAACCUUGGCGGAGAGACCAGCCGAUACAUCUCCGAUCUCUUCACCACGCUGGUGGAUCUCAAGUGGCGCUGGAACCUUCUCAUCUUCAUCCUCACUUACACAGUUGCAUGGCUGGUCAUGGCUUCAAUGUGGUGGGUGAUCGCCUACAUCCGCGGCGACCUGAGCCACGGUGGCCACGACUCGUCCUACACCCCGUGCGUCGCUAACGUGUACAACUUUCCCUCCGCUUUCCUGUUUUUCAUCGAGACGGAGGCGACCAUCGGCUACGGCUACCGCUACAUCACUGAGAAGUGCCCGGAGGGUAUCAUCCUCUUCCUCUUCCAGUCGCUGAUGGGGUCCAUCGUUGACGCCUUUCUCAUCGGCUGCAUGUUCAUCAAGAUGUCGCAGCCGAAGAAGCGCGCCGAGACGCUGAUGUUCAGCCAGGAUGCGGUCAUUUCGCAGCGAGACGGGAAGUUGUGUCUCAUGUUCCGAGUGGGGAACCUGCGGAACAGUCAUAUGGUGUCAGCGCAGAUUAGGUGCAAACUCAUUAAGUCUCGGCAGACCCCAGAGGGCGAGUUCCUGCCCCUGGAUCAGUGUGAGCUGGACGUGGGUUUUGGGACGGGGGCGGACCAGCUCUUCUUGGUGUCGCCUCUAACCAUCUGCCACGAGAUCAACACCAAGAGCCCGUUCUUUGAUCUGUCGCAGCGCUCACUCAUGAACGAGCAGUUUGAGAUUGUUGUCAUCCUAGAGGGCAUCGUGGAAACCACUGGUAUGACAUGCCAGGCGAGGACAUCUUACACCGAAGAUGAAGUGUUGUGGGGCCAUCGUUUCCUCCCCGUCAUGUCACUGGAGGAGGGCUUCUUCAGAGUCGACUACUCCCAGUUCCACAACACCUUUGAGGUCAAUACGCCUCCAUACAGCGUCAAAGAGCAGGAAGAGAAGUCCCCAUUAAAGUCGCCCAACUCUCUUUCUGUUGCACCCACCCCCUUAUCCCCUCAGCUGGGUAACGAUGGCCGAGGAGUCCGUAGGGAAAGGAUCAUGUCAGCUGACUAUGCAGACCACGUAGAGGACCAAUCCUACAGGUUGCCCAGCAAACUUCAGCGCAUGAGCUCCACCAAGGAGGAGCACCUUUGGAGGGGACUGAAGACAGGGCCAGCCUUGCCUGGGGGGAAGGCCUCCAGCACAGGAGACCUUCCGCUUAGUAUUCAGAGGCUGAGGUCCAGCUCCAUCCCGGUUGUGAGGCAAGGACAGCUGGAUGAGCAAGUCCAGCUGCUGUCCCUGGAUGGAGAACCUGAGGAGGAUGAGCUGGAGAAACACAGACUACCAGCAGCCAUAAGCACCAUCACUGCUCCAACCCUAACCCCAGUUCAAAUCCCCUUGGUAGGGGGUCGGCCAGAGGACAACCUGCCCGCCAAACUGCGCAAAAUGAAUGCUGACCGCUGACUUCUGCAGACUAUACCUAAGUCUUUUUCAAAAUAAAACUGAACUUGAUGGGCAUUGCAUAUACCGUAAAAAAAGAGACUAUUGUGAUAUAAGUUUUAUUUUUUUCUGCAGUUUUUAGCCAGUAUUUUACAUUUACUGACGGGCUCUCUACUUAGUUGUCCAUUGCCACAAAUAGAAGGACAACGCCAAUAAGCCAUCCAUCCGCUCGUACUGUGAGUUAUUUUUGAUAGAUCACCAUCUGUGCCCCCCACUGACUUCGAACACUUCUGUCCUUUUGCUUUUUUCUUUAAAGUUAGUUACAUCAAAUACUUUAUUAUCUCAAACAACUACACUUUCUUUACCUAAUCAAGCACCAAAAUGUCAUAAAUAAGCCUGACCUGAAUUGAUCAUUCGCUAAACCCCUCCCCCG